UCAUAUAGUUUAUUCGGUAACAGUCAUUAUAUUACCACGUAGGCUAUAAUUUUGAAACAGAUGUUGUAGCCCAACUUACACUAGUGUAAGACUACUCGCGUCUAUUUCUCGGAAAUGUAGAAUGGGCAAUGAACUUACAAUAUCGCAUUUCCUUGUUCAGACAAGUCGUAAAUGUUUUCCAAGUUUUGCAUUAGUAAGCCUAACUUUACAAGGUACUCAAUGAGAUUCAAACUCACCGAGAUAUUGUAGCAGGUAAAUCAUAAAACUUGUGGACAGGCUGCAUAGUGUACGACCGGUAUAAGUAGCUUCGUGAUAUUCAGGCAUAGCCCACAGCACAGUUUCUAUCAUGGAGCAAACAAACCAGGACAGGCUGCAUGACAGUCAGCUGAUUUACGUUAGCCGGAAGGACACUACCCGGCUUCUGGAGGUGUACGUGAAGCGUAGCAUCAGCCUGAAUGAUGGCACAGCACCUAGACAGAGAGACAAGCUAAAUAACUGGACGUCGAUCAGACACAGAAAAGUCCGCCGAUAUUCCAGUGACUCCUCCUGCAUUUUGAGUUUGCAUGAUGAACCGAAGGUCUCGGUUGAAGCCCCCGUCACCCUCUCCAACCAGUCAGUGGACCAGAAGAAGGAGAAGCCACGCAAGAUGCGCAAAAAGGACACGCUGAAGAAACUGAUGUCUUUUACAGACAAAAGGAGUAGCAGACAACCCAGUGAAAUCUCCACACAGUUCAGCACACACGACAACGCAGUUUUCAAACCGGAGGCCGUCGACGAAGUUCCCUUUGCGCAGACUAACAAGUCGUUGGACACGGAGAAGCCACGGAAAGCGGCCAAGAAGAGCAAGAAGAAGCACUCGUUAUGGAAAAGUUUUGUGGGUUUCUUCACAGGGAAGGAUCCCCAGCAAAAAGAAGACUCGGCGCCCAGCCCCGACGCCCUAGCUAAUCCGACACCGUUUCCGGAGAUGCCUACACCCACAGGUGGAUUAUGCCUGCCGCUGGCCCAGCCCGGUACCUCCACAUCCACCAGAAGAAGAAAAUCAAAAAAACGGUCUUCCAAGAAAAGGCUCUCGUUUGGAAGAUCAUUUCGGAAAGAUGGCAUCACCAACAUUGAAUCUGUUGCCAGUUUGGUACCUCCUGAUUCCUACUAUGAGAAAGUGACAGACGAACUGGAGAGGAUUGUACAAGAAGUCCAAGACACAGACGAGAAGCUUACAAAUGAGGAUGUUAUUGACAGAAUCGUUGCUCUGAUGAAGCACGAAGGGGAUGCCAUAGACAACAAGCUGAAGGAAAACUCCAGAAUCAGCCCUUUCUUCAAGACCAUGACGUACAGCUCCUUCCAGCUCCUGGCUGACAGCUACGUAGACACAGAGAGCCCCAGCAUGCCUGGCCAGCGCCCUGUCCCCAACACUGCCCCGGAGCUGGUCAAGCUGGCCUUCACGCUGGACUUCACUGCCCGGGUGGCCAGCCUCUCCAGACACUCCAACCACAUCAUGGGCCUGGGCAGCCGCUACCUUGAUGAACGUUUCUCCUACACCACGCAGGCUGUCCCAGAUCAUGCGGUGACAAGCGAUUGUGAGUGAGGACGUAUAAAUGAAGAUCAACUGUCGGAUUUGGCCUCUAGACCCGUGAUAAUGGAACUAUGUGUGGACUUGGAAAACGCAAACCAUGACGACGACCUUUUAACCUAAACAUAGAUAUAAAGCAUCCGUCAAUCAACAGAAAAUCCCCAGUUAUGAAGUCACGGGUCUACUUCAUUUAAAGUAGAGAGCCUGCUGUUUAUUCAACUGUAAUCCCCCUGUAAAGAAUGGACUGUAAAUAAUGACCCAUCUAAGAUGGCUCAAUAUUGACUUUACAGACAACCUCAAUCAGCGAACCAUGUCAGAGGACCUAUAUGUAUCCACCUAUGCAUGGACUGGAUGGGUUUACAGUGAAUGCAUUUGACAGCACUUAUCAGUACACUAACUUCACAUAAUCCAGUGAAGAAAAAGCUAAAAAAUAUGUAUGUGUAGCCUUUUUAAUAUAUAGUAUUUAAAAAGUACUUAAAAAGUACUUAAUGUUGUUGAAUUCAACUCAAUCCAGUCACCAUUUGACAUGAAACUGGAUAAAAAUGUAAAAUAAAUAUAAAUAGUAUAUGUAGUAAAACAAGAUGUGCAUGCAGGCAUUCACAUAUUGUUUGUAAAAAUGUAUGGUUUCUAUAUUUGUUACUUUUAUUAAAUUAGUUUAAUUUA